UCAAACCCUAAGCUAUUCUUCUUAUUCUCUCUCUUCCCCAUCAAACCUCUCCGAUCCUCUCUACUGGAGAACCCUAGUGCCACCUUCACGCUCCGAUUGCCGCUGCAACAAACACCAUCUUCCAAAAUUAAACUGAUCAAAGUGUCUCUCAUCAUCUCUACUUCAAAACUCCUCGAUCAAUUUUUGAUUCUGUCAUGGAGGAACAAUUCAUAUUUAGAGUUCCGCCUAACGUUGCGGAGCAGAUAGAGCGUCUUCUUAACGAAAGCAAUCAUUCUUCGUCGUCUGAGGACAAGUCGCUAGAUUUGCAAUUUACCGAGGAUGGAAGAAGCGGCAGAAGCGGCGAGUUUGUUAUUGGGGAUGACCACUUCCCAGCUUAUCUACUUGACCUUCCUUCUAUUGUUGAAUCAUACAAGACUUACGACGAUAACUCUUUGGUCAAGACCGCCGAUAUUAGUCAGAUAGUUAUGGUGAGUGAAUCCGGUGACGCUGCUCCAGAUGUAAUUGAGUGUAGACAUGGCCUCACCCCUCCCAUGAGAGACGCACGCAAAACUUUGAUCUUCUACUCUUCCUCUCUAUUCAUCUACUUUUUUGGAUUCAAUUUUGGUUUUUAUGGUUAGGUUAUAAUCUAAUUGGAUUUUUUGUUUGAUAGGAAUAGAAUUGGGAUACUUCUUCAUUGUUCCUGCAAACGCAAUGUUACAAUAGAUCUGAAAUGGGACCAACUUUUGUUAGGUCCCUAUGUUGUGUAAACUAAUUUUUAUUUUAGUUAGAGUGUACUGAUGUUGACAGAAAUAUAUGCAGUGUAAUGUAAUUUGAUGCUUCUCGGGCUUUAUAUUUUUUCUCGGGUUUUAUGUUCUAUCUAAUUGAAUUGAAUCAAUUUAUUGACUCUUAACUAAUUCUCAUGUUUAUUGUUGCAGAGUGUAUUCAAAAGAUUGGUUUGUCUCUCUCAGUAUGCCUCUGUUUAUUAAUUUUAUAUAUAAGUUUCAAAGUUUAGUAGAAUUUUCUCAUUUUAUAAUUUGUAUGUGCAGUUUUGUGUUA